GCUGCGCCUCAUGUCUCCGCCCUGCCCCGCCGCCCUCCCCCGCGCCCACCGGGGAGAUGGUACGUUCCAGUGGCCCGGCGCGCCGCCCCGCAGCGGGGGCUUGGGCGAGCCGCCGGCCCGCGGACCCCCCCGCCCCGCACAGCCGCCCCGCCCGCCCGCAGCCGCCGCCGGAGCCGCAGGAGCAGGAGCGGGCCUCGGGCCGCGCUGGCAUCGGACCCCCCCGCGGGCUGGCAUGACUCUCUUCGGCAGCGAGGAAGCCUGUCGGAGAUAUUUAGACAUGGCCCGAGAGCCCAAACCGAGCCGAGCCAGGCCUGGCCAGAAGCGGCAGCACAGCACCGCUCUCUAUCACAGUAGCUGUGACCUGGACUAUGAGCUGUACCGAGAAGACUUUCCCUACAGGGUUUAUGAGUACCAGAGGAUCCCGCCCCUCAUCAACCGGGCACCCGUCAAGAGCAGGAGGACUCAUAUGGGCACAGGGAGCAAGAGCAGCCUCACAGCCCACCUGACUCCACGAGGCAGCAACCCGCCCCCGGCGCGGACAAAGCUAAAAGCGGAGGAGCUGCACUCCAUCAAGGGGGAGUUGAGCCAGAUCAAAGCGCAGGUGGACAGUCUGCUGGAGAGCCUGGAGAGGAUGGACCAGCGGCGGGAUCGACUGGGAGGGGCCAAAGAGGGCGAGGAGAAGAAGACCCAGGUGAGCGAGGAGCCCUCGUACCCGGCGGCAGAGUCUCAGCGGGAGAGUCGGAGCAAGGAGGGCACGGAGCCCGCCGGGCAGAGCGACCUGAGGGACAUCGACAGCGCCGAGGAGAGCACAGACACCGAGGAGGCGGUGAGAGGCCGCUCUUAGCCCGCCCCUCUCCAGCGUCCAUGAAGAAUCACACGUCAGACCCGGAGGGCAGCCAGUAGAGGAGGUGCGGCCCCAGCCCGCCCGGACCGGUGGGUCGGUCAGUUGGCCCGUCCCCCUUUCCUGUGUUCGUAUUUCUUUGAAGGCCCGCCAGCCGUUGCCGUACUCGACACGAGCUACCCAGCCUCAGCGCUAGUGCAGUAGGACUGGCGUCCCAGCCAACCCGGCCCGCUCCUCGGUGGCAGCCGGAAGCCUCCUCGUAGUUGUUCCGUUGAGCUUUGGACGUUGUGUUUCCAGACCGCCCCGCACCACGGGGUGGGCGGCCACGGGGGCCGGCAGGGGGGGGGGGGGGCGGCCCCCACAGCCCGGGAUUUCUCUUGGGCAGUUUUAACUUCUGAGUAGGAAAGCCGAGUCUCUCCUGGAGUGGGCCUUGGAGAAACUGAGGCCCGGACCACUUCCACGUCCAUCCCCACUCUUCCCAUCUGUUGCCUCCCACUGUGGGAAACCCCUCCCAAGAAGCCAGCCGCCCUUUGCCUCGCCCAGAUCCGCUCCCGACUUCCUCACUUGCCCGAGCCGUGGCCGUGGCAGACCCCCCCCCCCCCCCCGCCCCACCCCGAUCCUUCUUUCCGUGAAGCCCAAGGGGAUGGGGCCAAGAGCCAGCCCCUUCCCUCCCAGACCUUUUGAAAACAAAGGCACGAACCCCCACCCGGUGCUCGGUGCCCUCGACGGGACGGGAAGGCCGGGGGGGCGGUCAGCGAGGCCGGGGCUGAGGGCAAAACCCCAUCUUUGAGGAAAUGAGCCAAGCCGGCCGCAGCCAACCGAUACUCUCCAUCCACUUUGCUCUCUCUCCCUCAGCAAGGGCCAGGCCCCACAGCAGGCACCCCUGCCUGCCUACUGGAGAGGAGGGUGCAGAAAUAGAAAUAGUGCUGCGCCUCCUCCCGGGAUCCCAAACCCCUCAGGAGCAGACUCUUCCUUCCCCCACCGUUCUCCACAUCCCAGUCAUCCCCACCGCCCCUCCCGGGGGUGGCGGGGAAUGGUGCCCGACCGAAGACCCUAAAAUUGACACUAACUUUGAGGUUCAAGGGGGCUCGAUCCAAUGCACCAAAUGGUUUUCCCCCUUUCCUGUAUCACGUGGCUUAAGUGUCUGGCACUCUUUGCGUUCAUGUGACCCUCCUCCCAGCCCCGCAGAUCUCCACAACCGCCUUGGUGCAUGGGAAAUGUAGUUCUGUUUCCAACAGGUGUAUUCCUGGUCCGUAAACGAUGCAGUGAGGUCCCUGGUGUGUCUUACUCCCGAUGAACUUGUUCUUUUCCUUCCUCCCUUCUCCUCUCCCCCGGCCCUCCCCACCCGCCCCAAUCCAUCCUGCCAUCCCUCACAACAGCCGUAUCUCAUUUUUACGUCCAGUUUCUAGCUUGUCUCUUGCUGGUAUGAUACUGUGUCUGUAUUUCAAAUCUGCUCUGGAAAAAAGUGUACUGUGUUGGAAGGAAAAAAUAAAAUAAAAUUUCUAUUUGGUUUCUCCGUU